CCAGCGGCUGAAGGAGAAAAUCUCGGCGUUCAUCUUCACAGCGGUGUGGCGUGCGGGCAAAGACCUCUGCAUCCCCGAUGCCCUUUCCCGCUUUCCCGUCAGCCGCCCGACGCCGGAAGACGAGAUGCUCGGCACGAAUGCCAGCCUCUCCGUCAGCAGCGGCGUCACUCUGCAGGCCGUACACUCCCUCGCUCGCCCCCAGCCUUCGUCAGCUCCUGACGAGGAUCUGGCACUCGAGGAGUUGCGGAAGGCGGCCCGCGACGACCCCUCCUACACCAAGCUCCUGGAGAAGGUACGGACCGGGUUUCCUCGCGACCGCUUUGACCUCCACAACGCCCUCCGCCCGUACUGGAAGUUCCGGGAGGACCUCUACGCAGAUGGGGACCUCGUCUUGUAUGGUGCUCGUGUGGUCGUCCCCGCAGCCCUUCGUCGCCGUGUCCUGUCCCGCCUCCAUGAUAGUCAUCGCGGGGCCGAAGCCACCAAGCGCCGCGCUCGUCAGGCCGUGUAUUGGCCCGGCAUAGACGCGGACAUCGUCAGCACUGUCCGCGCCUGUGAGCAGUGCCAGGUUAUGCUACCUAGCCAGCAGCAGGAGCACUUGUUGUGCGACGACAACCCCACCAGGUCCUUCGAGUCAGUGUCGGCCGACUUCUUCACCGCGGCUGGGAAACACUUCCUAGUCGUCGUCGACCGACUCUCUGGCUGGCCUGUGGUGGUCACCUGCGGCUCCGACACGACGUCUGCCGCCACCAUCCGCUACUUCCGGCGCCUCUUCCGUGAUCUGGGUGUCCCUGUGCGUCUGCGGACUGAUGGAGGCCCUCAGUUCACCAGCCGGGAGCUCGCGGAAUUUUUGGAGCGAUGGGGGGUCCGCCACAACGUGUCAUCGCCCAACUACCCACAGUCGAACGGACACGCCGAAGCUGCAAUGAAAGCAGUUAAACACCUCAUCCUGAAGGUGGCCCCGUCCGGUAACAUCGACUGUGAGGCGUUCGACAAAGGCCUUCUGGAGCUGCGUAACACACCGAACUCCACGGGCCGCUCCCCGGCCCAGGUCUUGUACGGCCGUCCUCUCCGUUCCUGCGUCCCUGCCCAUGCCAAAGCCUUCGCGAAGGAGUGGCAGGCCAGAGCCGAGAGCUGUGACCGUCGCGCCGCUACCCGUGCCCGAGAUGCCAAGGCCCGGUAUGACGCCCAUGCCCGCCCGCUUCAGCCGCUGAAGACAGGUGCUCUCGUGCGCAUCCAGGACCCAACCACGCAGCGUUGGGACAAGGUGGGCACGGUAAUGGGCGCCGGCCGGUCUAGGGCCUAUCACGUCCGGAUGCCGAGCGGCCGCAUCUUGUGGAGGAACCGCCGUUUCCUUCGGCCGGUUCCGCCCCCUGCAGUCGACACCCCGGUCGUGGACGAGUCUCCUCCACGCCCGGACUCACCUCACCUCGCUGUGCCCCGUCGCUCGGAGCGGCUCAGAGCCAAGGCACCCGCUCAAGACUAGGACUAUGAGCGCGAAGGGGGGAGGGAGAUGUGGGUAAUGUUAGUUCUGAAUAUAGGCACCUUGCCUGGGGCAACACUAAUCCCGCGGUGUCAGCGGUUUUGACCGUUGUGGCCCCUCAGAGGCUGGCAGUGCCUCAGGGGCCAGUUCACCCCGUCUCUGUAUCGCGUACGCACGUACUCGUUCUUUCUCUGUUACUUUC